AAUGUGAAAUGUUUGUUUGCAAAUUGGAAAUGGAAAUGGUUUAUUGGUAUCAUUUGUCAGCCCGUUUUGUAUUUGCCAGCUGCAUAAAAAGUGGUUUUACUUUUAUAUGAAAUAGAACAGAUCCAAUCGGGCAUUAUGAUUAAAAUCACAAAUAAUUAAUAUGCAUUUAUUUGGUUCAUCUGACAGUCACUCUGGAUUAUUUAUUCAUAUAUUAUCAAGUCAAAUAACAAUUUAAUUUAAACAAAAAACACAUUUUAAUUUAAUCAUUAGUAGUUCCUAACCUGAAAAGUAAUCUGCUUAGUUUGAAUGUUUAAUGUAGAAUUAAAUUCAGAAAACUACACCUAUUCUUAAAGCAGGAACCAUUCUGGCAGCCAACCUAGUUCCUCCGCAAGGAAAUUAUUUCUUGUUUAUGACUUUGGCAUUUUAUAAACUGAGUUUACUGGUCAAUAGAGCUGCAGAUAAUUUAUGGAGGCAAUAGACACUCAAAGUAAGUACUAGAAAUAAUUUUGUGAAUUAAAAAAAGUGCUUAUGCUGCGCGCCCGGCUCGACAGGCGACUGGCACUGGCGUUCUGUCAGAUACUUAGAUACAUGGCCACGCUCUGAGAUACACGCACCACGCCACACACAUUGAGAUACUUUGAGUCGCUGAAGCCGGCUGCUUGUUUGUGCAAUUUUGGCUUGAUGUGGGCAUUUUAUAUGUUUGUAUAUACAUACAUAUAUAACUAUUUCUCGAUGCGUGUCUUGGGUUUGCUUUUUGCCAAUUUUUACUUUAUUUUUGGGCCUAAAUAGUUUUUGCCUAAUGAGUGCGAUUGACUUAGUUUUGAGUGAGUUUCUAACAAUCCACGCACCGCCGAAAAAUCGUAUAAAUAAAGUCGUUCUGGCUGCCAACAGUGUUAGUACAAUUUAAGCCAGAGUGCGAACAGCUUCCAGCCCCGUUAAUCAUAAAUCAUUAACAAUCCAACAGAAUGAACUUCACUUUGCUACUGCUCCUCGCCUGUCUCGCUGGCAUCCUGGCCGCACCCGCUCCCGUCCCCGGGGAGCAGCAGGAAUCGUCCGUGAAGGCUAAGCGGGGACUCUCCCUGGGUCUGGGCUACCAUGCCCCGUUGGUGACAACCUCGCAUUACGUGGCUGCACCGACCAUCGUGCACCACGCUCCAAUAAUCUCGCACGCCCCGCUCAUCGCCCACGCCCCACUCAUCGCCCACCACCCGGUGUCGUCGGUGUCCUAUCAUCUCCCCACCUACCACUCCAUUCACCAUUUUUAAUGAGCCAUUGACGUGAGCAGCAGCACCAUCAGGAGCAGCAGCAGCAGCAGCAUCAAAAUUGCAACAGAAUAUAUAUGUUAAAUUUCCUGAAAUUUUUACGAGUAUUGGACUCCACUUUUCCUGGACAUUCCCAGCUCCCCGCUUUUGUAAAUAAAAAUUGUCGUCGAGCAAUAUAAGCUGGCUUAAGUCUUUUUUUUUUCAGUGGAAAGUGUUUAAAGCAACCGAAUAUUAUUAUUGCAACCACAAUCUACAACCAAAAUGAAAUGAAAUGCCAAAAAGGAUUUUAGGGAACUUUGAAACUAAAACCAAAUGGGCGACCAAUGUCAAGAGCAUUCAACAAUAUUUAAUUACUAAUGUAUAAAGUUUCAAUAAAAAUUUUGGUACCCUUUGUGCAUGACAAAAUAAAUCCUUUUCAAUAAUGGUUCACAUUUAAUUGGCUCAUAUUGCAAUUUUGGUAAAUAUUUCUUUUUGCUUUUCUAACUAAAAAUGCAGUGGAAUCCCUCAAGGAUAAAAUAACAAUAAAUUAUUUGCUUUAAAAUCUCCAUUUAAUUGAGCAGAAAAGUAAUUAAGUCAAAGAGGUGAAAAUGAAAUAUUAUCUGUGGUCUGACCGGGGCUACUGGUAUUCUAAGAACAAAUAAAUUUUCAUUUUAUUUAGCAGCAAGACCGCAUUUUUCUUAAAUAUUAUUUUUUACUUUCUGCCCCAUUUAUUUUGCAACACAAGUACCAACUAAGCUGGCUUAUGCUGUGAUUAUAAUCCCAGCAGUUAAACACUCGUCCUUAGAGCGACCCAGCCAGCAAGCAGAAUUUUAAACAUUUUCCAGCUAAAUUAUAGCCAUGAUUGUGCUUCGCAGCAGUGGUCAUUAGAUGCUGGCAUGCGACCCUCAACAGCUUUAACGGCCAACUAAAAAGGGUUUAAAUUGUAACCAUUUAGUAGAAGAGCUGCAAGUAAAUUCCUCUUUUUUACAACAAUCUUUUCUCCAUCGAUUUAUCAUCUUAGCUUGACUUGGAAAAUUUAAAAGAAAAAUGGAUAUUUAAACAAAAGGUCCUUUUUAUAUGAAAGAUGGCACUUAUCGACAAAAAUUUGCUGAAUUAAAGUGUUCGAUUUUAGUUCGAAAUAGUACAUUUUCAAUUUAUUUUCUAAAACUACUUGACUAAAGUGAUCCGCCCAAAUAAGUAUAAAGUUACAAGCACGAUUUAAAUGAAGUAGACAGCCCAGUUGGAAAUUAAAGGUGUAAUGUAAUAAACUUAAUAAUGAAAACAAGCAGUUUUUUGUUCAAGUUGUGACAGCUACAUUCUUACUUAUCAACUAGUUCCAAUAAACUUAAU